GGUAAAGAACACCGUCGGUUGUUACGUAAUGUGUUUCAGGCUGGAAACGUUGUUACAUCAGAUGCACUUCUUUAUGACCACGUAAUUACUACGCCAUUUCCUUGUGAUAGAAGGUGAAAUAUCUCAAGACAUUGGUAUGGACUGCAUUGGCAGGAUUGGGCACUGUAGCAGCCUCCUUAAAGGUAGAUUAUGUCUGCUCCAAACUAUUAGGCAUGAGAGCAAGAAUCAUUACCAAGUUCUUGGACUUCCAAACACAUGUUCAACCAAGGAAAUAAGAGAGGCAUACAUGGUGUUAUCAAAGAAGGUGCACCCGGACGUCUCCCCGGGUAGCCACAGCGAGUUCGUGCGGCUCAACGACGCCUACCAGACGCUGAGUCGGCGGCAGUCGCGAGCGCUGUACGACGCCAGCCUGCUGCGGCCGCCGACGGUGGCGCCUCCAGACGGCCGCGUCUGGCGUCGCCACGGCGACGUCGACACCACGGCGACCCACGACAGAAUAUUCUGGGACGAGAGCAUAUUCGGCAUGCGUUACCGGGCCGGCGAUGAAAAGUUUGAAAACAAACCGUAUUACGGCAUUAGGGGCCUGAAGCGCCAGUCGAACGGACCCAUCGCCUUCAUUUGCGUGUUGUUCAUGGCGCUCGGGAUCAUCCUGCACGUGCUGGCGAUCAGAUCCUCUCACCAGAUGGCGACAAUGCACGUUGAUGAAAAGAAUCGCCGUCUCUUCGCCGUGUACACUGACGCCAAACAGAAGGCGAUCGACCCUAAGGACAAGGACAAGAUUGGGGACUUCCUGAAGUCAUUGAAAGCUGACCCAGUCAACUGAGUGCUUCUAGGAGAUGCUAGAUAUAUUUAGAAUUGGGCAUAGUGUCAAAACACUGCUCUUAUGCUCCCCACGCCGUCAGUCGUUGAUAAGCAUCCCUUCCAGGGCGGCGACAGUGGGAAAUGCGUGCGAUUAGUGCUCUUCACACACGGCGUUGAGCGUUUGUGAGAGGCAAGCUGACAUAGACUGGGAUGUCAGAAUUCUUGUAUCCCGAGUACCCGUGGGACAGGGAUGUUGUCAAGGGUUUUCGUCGGCGCCAGAUGUAUAUUUUAAAAUGCGGUGUGCGUGCUGCUGUUCGACGGAUGAUUUUCGAAGUGAUUGCUUAAGCUUGUUGGUUUGCAUCAGGUGCCUCAGUGCGCGCUCUUGGUCUAGACCAAACCUCAGGACAAUUUGUGAUUCCUGAAUGGCAUGCACGGAAUGACACAAGGCUCGUCAUUCCUUUACCACGUGCAAUGUAAUGUGCGCAUCAGUUGGUUGCGAUGCGCACGCGUUCACGUUGCGCACGUGUCGUCCGCACGGUUGCGCAGUGCAGUGCAGUACGGCUGUAUGUGUCCGCGGGAAGGAAAACCGUUUUGAGUGUGGUGCGCCCCCGUGAUGUAUGUGAUGUCAUCAUUCGUCCGUUUGGCGAAAGCUAUGCGGGAUUAUGGCGCGUUACUGUGAUAGCGAUGUUCUGCGUGGCACAUGAUUGUAACACGGUGGCGAGCGUGUGGAACGUAUGUGUUACGUCGUGUGGCUUAUUGGUCACUGUACUGUAAUUGUACGUCUGCGCCCGCUGAAACUAUAUUAUAAAGCUGUGGAUCCCA